AUCAGGAUGGUGGGGCUGGGGGACUGGGUCUUCUAGGGACUGGGGGCCAAAGGACUGGCCACCUGGGACUGUGAGGGAUGUGGAAAGAGUUGAAGCCUGAUGCCUGUGGCCCUCAGGGAGGUCACUGGUAGGGAACCUGUUUUCCUGGACUCCCCCCAAAAGUCCAGGCACUGAAAGAGCAGAUGGUUCUCAGAGCCGCUCCUUAAAUCCCCUGCACAGGGAGCUUUCUCCUAGUCUACAUCCUUAUGCUGUUCUUCGUCGAGAUUCCUCUGCUCCUGCUGGAGAUAGCGGCUGGUCAGAGGAUGCGCAAGGGCAGCAUUGGCGUGUGGAAGGUCAUCAGCCCCUGGAUUGGUGGUGUGGGGUACACCAGCUUCAUGGUGUGCUUCAUCGUGGGCUUGUACUAUAGUGCGUACGUAGCUUGGUGUCUCUUCUGUUUGGUUCAGUCUUUCCAGUCGCCAAUGCCUUGGGCAUUGUGCCCCUUGCUGAAGAACUCCAGUAAUUUUGAUCCCAAAUGUGCACGGACAAAACCCACCAUCUACUUCUGGUACAAGCAAGUCUUGAAGGCCACGGAUGAAAUGGAGGUUGGCGGGCUGCCCGUCAUGCAUCUCAGUGUCUCUUUCUUUGUGACCUGGUUACUUGUCUGCAUCUCCAUGAUCAAAGGGCUCAGGUCCACCAGUAAGAUGCUGUAUGUCUCGGUACUCCUUCCCUACAUCAUCCUCUUCUGUGUCUUUAUCCGGAGCCUCAUGCUGAAAGGGGCAGAAUAUGGUCUCAAGAGAUUGUUGGCUGCCAAGGUGAGGUGCUUCUACCUUUUAAUCCUUGUCUCCCAAUGGGGGUGUCAGGGACAGUAUGGCUACCUGUCUGGUACAGGCCCUCCUAGCUCCUGCUUUCACUCCCUUCUUCUCAUCUUCCAUCCCCCCCACCCCCCACUUUACAUCCUGAUUCGCUCAGCCCUUCUCCCCCUAGGUGCCAGCCCUGUACUCUCUGUCAGUGUGGCUCCGCACAGGGUACCAGGUCUUCCUGUCCAUGGGCUCCGGCUUGGGUAGCUUCACUGCCAUCAGCUCCUACAUAUCCCGGUCCAACAAUUGCGUCAUGGAUGCCGUUGCCGUGGCUCUGCUCAACCUGCUUACCUCAGUGAUGGCCACGGUGUUUGUAUUUGCCAUAAUGGGCCACCUGGCCACACAGGCCAAUGAACAGUGUUUCGUGAGGUGAGCCCCGUCUUUCACAGGGCCAUCAUCACAAAUAGCGAAGUCUUAGGAGUAGCUCACAGACCUCCAGCCUAGGGCCCCCGUCUCUCAGGGAUGCUGGCUCAAUCAAUACAGGUCCCUCAAGUGGGAGCGUCCUAAACCUUAGGGACACUUAAGUCUCUGUAUCUCUUUAAGAGCUGCCUGUCUAAACUAGAAAACCCCCAAACUUGGAGGUUUUUAAAGGUGUGUUUGCCUGUUCACCCCAUUCUUAAACUGGAGAUGACCAUGGAAGAAUUAGGGGAUCCCUUCAGCUGAACUAUCAGACCAAAAACAUGGGGGGCCCACAGCACAAGAGCCUCCGUUGCCUCUCCUCUAUUUUCUUCUCCUGUGGUAUUCAUUUCAAAAAUACUCAUCAGAUAUUUAUUUAUAUAACAUCUCCUAUCCACCAACCCUGUGUGGAGCUGUGGAAACACAGCCAAUGGUGAAUCAGACCAUCUUCCUGCCUUUGGGAAAAUCACAGUCUUCUGAAGAAGCAGAUGCUAAACAGAUCAUCACAAACUAGAUAAUAACUGACCAUAGGGAUGAUGAGGACAUAGAGGAGGGAGCUUCUGACUUCCUGGGGGUAGUCAGAGAAAGCUUCCUGGUAGAGGCAAUUCUGAGCUGACGUUGUCUCCUGACAAAUAACCAGUGCUCAUAUUCUUUCAAAUAUUAUGUACUUAUAGACUGAUAUAUAAAGAUAGACCAUUUUUUAAACAAUUGGAUCAUAGUAUACUACUUUCUGCAACUACUUGAUUUGGCCUUAUAAAUAUAAAUUUUUUUAAAUAUUUUAUUUAUUUUUAGAGAGAGGGGAAGGG